AUGACGAGCACGAAAUCCGCCAAGAAAUAUCGUUUUACACGUGGGGAUUUUCAACCACUUGGUACCAAGCCAUUGCACUUUGAUAUGGUCUUUGAUAUUACAGAAGCCAACGUAAAGGUGACGUUACAAACGACGCUCAAGCACGAUGGAGUCCAGCCACUUUCUGAGCUUAAACUCAACUCAAAAGACCUGGACAUUCUAUCCGUAGAGCAGUUUAACAAGUUUACACCAUUAAGUGAUACAAAGGACUUUGUGAUGCACGUGCAGAGCUUUACAGAACCAUAUGGACUCGAGUAUGACGUGGACAAUGAGGAUCAUCUUCUUGUCAUUAAGUUUGUCAAGCCUGUGCAGUCUGGAGAAGAAUUUGUUAUCCGUACAGUGUCAGUAGCUGUCCCAACAGAGAACAUCCUGGAGGGAUUGUACUUUGAUUACACACCUGAGGGUGCACCCAAGACCAUCAUUACACAAUGUCAACAACAUGGAUUCCAACGCAUUGUACCGUGUAUUGACACAAUGGACGCCAAAGCCUACUAUACCACCACGAUUGUAGCAGACACACGCUAUACGAACAUCAUUACAAAUGGAGACUUGGCACCUGGAUUCCACACAAAGACGGGUGUGCCUGUGUUCCACCCAGCGGUGGAAGUACUGGGCGUAGACGAUUCGUCUCGUCAUGUGCUCAAAUACUACAACCACACGGUGAACAUGGCUCCGUACUUGUUUUUUCUAGGUGUGGGCACGUAUGAGACAUUCCGACGUACUCUCGAGUUUCCAGAUGGAGAUACAACGUUGCUGGAGAUUUUGGCGUUUCCUGGCUACUUUGAGCCGGCGGACGCCAAAGCAGCCAUCAAGAUGCUGCAUGAAUCUGUGCUAUGGGUGAUGGUGAGCCUCGGCCCGGAAGCUUGCGAGCACCAUGACGAACGCAAGCGUAUCUAUGAGCUGCUCAAAGAGCGUGAAGCACUUAAGGCUAAAGAAGGCGAACUGUGUCUUGGACCGAACGAGAAGGAUGUGAAAACGCCACUGAAUGAUGCUGAUGCUGCACGUCUAGCUAGUGUUCGCGCGGAGCUGAAAGAGCUGCUGAAGGUGUGGAAGAAGACCGGAUACAAGUACACUGGUGCCGUGUACCGCGAGAUCGCCAUGGAGAACUCGUACUAUGGCGGCAUGGAGAAUGUCGGUAACACCACCAUUGUGAGUUCGUGUCUGUGUCCGAGUUGCCGCAUGGACGACAGGUCAUACGAGUAUAUGGAGCACGUGAAGGUCCACGAGUACUACCACAACAUCAACGGCAGCCAGGUUACGGGUCAGUCACCGUUCGAGAUCUGGCUGAACGAGGCUGUUACAGUGCAUAUGGAGCGCAAGCGCGCAGCAGCCAUAUUCGGCGAGGACUACAGCCGUCUGAGCGAAGUCCUGCACAUGUUCACCCCGGCUAUUGGACCGCUUGCCCAAGACAAAUCGGCGACAUCUUUGUCUAUCGAGCCACAGGGUUUCAAUCAAACGCAGGAACUAGUUUCUGCUGUAACCUACUCGAAGGCUCCUGAGUUCGUUCGCAUGGUGGAGCUGCUCUUGGGCGAAGACACUUUUCACAAAGCCCUUGAUAUGUACCACACAAAGUAUGCGUUUGGCAAUGCCACGAGUAUGGAGUGGAUCAAGUGCAUGGAAGAAUGCUCGGGCUUAAAUUUGCAGAAUCUGGCCAAGACAUGGCUGAACCGACCGGGCCACCCUGAGGUUACGUACUCGACCGAAUACAAGGCUGCUUCGAAGGAGUACGUUGUGGAAAUUUUGCAGACAGGUUUUGAGGACAAACCUGCUGAAAACAACGGUCCCUGGGAAAUUCCAAUUGACUGGUCGCUCGUUAAGGAUGGCAAGUCGAUCAAGAACGGCGUGUUCCUUAUGAAAAAGAAGGACGCCAGACUCGUCAUCUCUGAUGUGAUGGAGGAGCCGGAUUUUUUCUCUUUCGCGCGUGGAUGGUCUUUCUUUGGCAAAUCAAAGCAGACAAACACGUCAGUAGCACGGCUUACAAAGCAAGCGCUGUCUGACCCGGACGCUGUGAACAAGUAUUGGGCCUACCGCAGCGUGGCGGAUACUGAAAAAGCGAAGGUGAUUGAAGGACUGCUAAACGGCAACAAGGAGGUGGAAAUCUCACCUGAGUUUGUGGAGCUACACGGCUCGAUCCUCUUUUCAGAUGAGCUCACUCCAUCUGCACGUGCGCUGACGCUGAUGGAGUCCAAAACUAUCUCGAGUCGUGACGACUUAAGCCACCACUAUGCUGCUGUAAAGGAGGCGACCACCGCGUUGUUGCAGGCAGUGUGGACCCGGUACUCGACUAAAAUCGAGGCGGCAUACAAAAAACUGUGCGACGUGGCUCAUCCUGGACCGCAUGUGGAACAGUUCCAGGAGCGUGCUCUCAAGUGCCAUCUCUUGCGGCUUAUUGUAGCUGGUGGGAAGUCUCUCGUACUCAGCACGACGCCUAGGGUGGCACCAACGGUGGCACCUUCGAAGCUGGCGCUUGACCUGCUCAAAACAUCUACCUUCGUGACGGACCAGGUCACUGGUUUCCGCCUCGUCCUAGAAGAUGAAAGCUUUGCGGAACGCGCGAAGGUGCAGGAAGAGAUUUUCGAAGAGUGGCGCAAGACACCUGACAUGCUGACCAAAUACAUCGGUAUCGUGAGCAGCUUGGAUUCGAAGGAUGUGGGCAAACAGAUUCUAAAGCUCUUGGCGAACCCAAGCUUUAACCCAACUCAGUCCAGCCAUGGACGGACGCUGUCACGCUGUCUGACACAGAUCCGCGAAUUCUCGCUGGCCACGGAUGAGGGUCUCGACGUGAUGGUGCAGGCGUUUGUGAAGAUUGGCAAGGUCAACCAAAUGUCUGCAUAUCCGUUGCUGCAGUGCUUCGACCACCUGGACCGUUUUGAUGAAGCGACGAAGUCGAAGAUGUUUUCAACGCUGCAGCGCAUGCAGGAAUCGAUUGACAGGAAGAAAGAGGAGUCGCUUUACAACCAGCUCAACAUCAUCCUGGAAAAGAAGCAGUAA